AUGGCAUGCGCAGUUAGCCACAAGGUCGUAUUUUUGUGGACCGUUUCUUGUCUUCUGUGUCUUGCUCACGGAGGUUACAAUUUCUCGGUUCAUAUCGCUACAAACGCCAAGCUUGGAACAGCCGUUGUGAACGUUCGGAGUCUGUUGGGACCGGAGAAAGCGGAACUUCCUUGUGCGAUCGUGGAGGGAGAUCCGUACGGCCGGUUCUAUGUCCGUACCAACUGUACCGUUGUGGUGGCCAGGCCGCUGGACUGGUUAGUACAGUCAGAGUAUCUGCUCAAGAUUCGUGUUGGUCAGCUUCGAGACCCGGAUCACCUUGUUGUCCAUCUUAAAGUAAAGGUGACCCACGUCUUGGGUUAUCCUCCUGUGUAUAACGUUACGUGUGAGACGCCGGUCCGACCUUAUUCGGGGGAAAAGUCAAACGACUUCUUGUUUAGUUCCACGCUGAGUGUAGAAGCCGAGACGACCGCUGGAGAUGUUGUUUUCCUCAAGAGCACACUGGGCAAGCCUCGUCCUAUAUGGGACAUGGAUCCGAACGACCCCAGAGUUGUCAUUACGGCAGGGAACGACUGCCAUAUUCGAGUGGUUAUGGGCGUACACGCAUUGUCUGACGUGGCCAUUGCAGCAGAACUGUUCCAAUUUUAUGUAAACGAGGAACAAGGUACAUUCCGCGUGACAUGCCACGAGCAGUCGGAAACGUUUCCCGAUGGUCUCUUCGAACUCUUCUCUACGUACGGCAAGUACAAAGACAGGUUACGUCAUCUGGAAGGCAUUUUGCCUGACGUCAUGGUCAAACUGCCCAAUCAUCCUUUGAUCGUCAUGAUUUCUUCUUCUAUGCUCCCCACAAAAGGUGCCACGCGUUUUAACUGUAAGCUUCCUUCAACUCGCGAUCGGGUAGUCACGAUGUCGCUUGAUCUUGAUGCUGUCACAACUUUAAAACAUCUUGACACGAUUACUGUCGAUAUCAACCCCGUAGGCUGCCCACCAGAUAGAUACGGCAUCCUUUGUGACAAGAAUUGCAUCUGUGAGAAUGGCGCCCGUUGCCAUGGUUUCAACGGUGCGUGUAAAUGCACGGAAGGAUGGCAAGGCGUGGCCUGCGACAUCCCGAAACCAGGUGUUUCUGCAACAACGACACCAAGCGAUCCGUCUGAUAUCUACAUCCCCGCUAAUGUCACCAUUCACUGCAAUGUCCACCACCUUGAAGCCACAACAUUGUCGCUGUUAUCUCCAAAUGGAUCCGUGACUGUAAGCUCUGCUGGAGUUAGUCAAAUAAAUAAAACGAUUAUGGAUAUACAGCCAAAAGACGGCGUUGCCUACAUGUGUGAGCUUACAGACACCCAUGAAAACGUCUUCAACGCAACGAUAUUAUUGGAUGCCGGCAACUGUUCGCCCAAUCGAAAAGGCGAGCGUUGUGAUGAAACUUGCGAGUGCCUACAAGGUGCCAGCUGUGACCGGUGGGCCGGCUGUGUCUGUCCGCCGGGAUGGACAGGAACCAGGUGUCAAGAAAGAUGUCCGGACGGCACAUACGGCAAAGGCUGCGGAAAGAACUGUACCCGCUGUCUGCACGGUGCGAGCUGCGCCCCUAGCGAUGGUACGUGUAACUGCACCGCCGGCUGGUACGGGUCGGACUGUAACGUGUCCUGCCCUACGUACAGGUACGGGCUGAGGUGUCAACACACCUGUACCUGUAGGAACGACGCCGCCUGUAACAACGUGGACGGCAGGUGCCAAUGUGUGUCGCCUUGGACGGGGGAGAACUGCGACGAAAAGACAGCCACCAUACCGGAGCCGCUGGUCGAAAUCCUUGUGCCACUGGCAUCUCUACUUUUACUAGUCCUUAUUGUAGCGGCCAUACUGUACAAGAAGAGACGCCUGUUCGGUGUUGUUCCCGAGAGAGUAGAAGAGAACGAAGCACUCCUGGAGCUGGCACUGGUAGACUACUCACCUUCUAAUCAUAAUUACAUUCCAACAUUUAAACAUUCAUAAAUCUGUCUUAAGAUAUCCCAAUACAUGUGUCAUGUGUAUGAAAAUUUCUCAUAGAAUAAACUAGAUAAAUCAUCAUCAAGAAAACUCGUCCUUUAUCUCUGAAAUUCGUUGAGAAUCUUCCGACCCCUUAGUGCCGCACCGGUGCCCCAAGUGCAAUGAGAUCAGAUAACUGAGGAAGACCUACAAAUCGGAUCAAAGAUUCCGAUGAGUAAGAUUCCUUGACUUGGGGAACAUCUGUAAUUUUUGAUUAGUAAAAUUUCUUUAGUUGGAGAA